CGUUUCACUGAAAUGUGCGUUAGUUAGUUGAUCGAGAAAUAUUUAAAAAAUCAGUUGUUCGAAUAGCUACUAUUAAAUAAUGACUGAUAAUAAAGAACAUAUUGUUAAUCUGACUACAGAAGGAGAUGAUAUUGUUGAUCCAUGGACAGUAGCCAGUAAUAGCGAUUCUGGAAUUAAUUAUGACAAGUUAAUAGAACGCUUUGGUUCGUCCAGAAUAGAUGACACGAUAAUAAAACGUAUUGAAAAGAUAACCGGCAAACCAGCUCAUCAUUUCAUUCGACGUGGGAUAUUCUUUUCCCAUCGUGAAUUGGACACAAUUCUGACAUUGAAAGAACAAGGCAAACCAUUUUAUUUAUACACUGGACGUGGCCCCAGCUCUGAGUCAUUGCAUUUGGGUCACUUGAUACCAUUCAUUAUGACAAAAUAUCUUCAAGAAGCCUUUGAUGUUCCGCUGGUCAUUCAAAUGUCCGAUGAUGAAAAAACAAUAUGGAAAGACUUAAAAGUUGAAGAAUCUAUUACAUUGGCCCAUGAGAAUGCCAAAGAUAUUAUAGCAAUGGGUUUCAAUCCAGAGAAAACAUUUAUAUUCAAUGAUUUAAAUUUUAUGGGUCAAUGUCCCGCAUUCUAUCAAAACGUCGUACGUAUGCAAAAAUGUGUCACCUUUAAUCAAGUUAAAGGUAUUUUUGGAUUUGUCGAAUCAGAUUUAGUAGGAAAGAUUGCUUUUCCCGUAGUUCAGGCUGCUCCGGCACUUUCCAGUACGUUUCCGUUCAUAUUUGGAGAUCAGAAAGUCCAUUGUUUAGUUCCGUGUGCCAUCGACCAAGAUCCUUAUUUUCGUAUGUGUCGAGAUGUCGCUCCUCGAUUGGGCUUUCCGAAAUGCGCUUUAAUACAUUCGAUAUUUUUCCCCGCUCUACAAGGUGCUAGAUCGAAAAUGUCUGCAAGUGAUGAGAAUUCGGCAAUAUUUCUUACGGACAAUCCUGACACUAUUAAGAGCAAAAUAAAUAAAUAUGCGUUUUCUGGUGGUCGCAGUACUGUGGAGGAACAUCGCAAACUUGGCGGUAUACCCGAAAUUGAUGUUGCCUUUCAAUUAUUAUACUUCUUCCUCGAUGAUGACGAGAAAUUGAAGAGGAUUCAUGCUGAUUAUUCUAAGGGAUAUAUGCUCACUGGAGAAAUAAAGAAAAUAGCCAUUGAAACCGUAACACCAAUUGUGGAAUGCCACCAAGCAGUGCGUAAACAAAUAUCGGAUGAAGUUUUAAAAUCUUAUAUGGAAAUACGUCCUUUGAAAUUCGAAGGUGGUCUCGCAGUGUGAUUUAAUUAUGAAACAUAAAAUAAAUUGUUCAUGCUCAUUCAUAAAA